AUGUCAGGCUGGAAAGAAUGUGCGUAUCAAAGGAAAAUUACAGAAAUAUCUAAUAAGCAUAGUCUAAUAUAUGAUUCUUGCAACGUAUGCAACAAAAAAUGUAACGCUAACAUUGGAGAGGAAUUUACCUGUUCAACUUCAUCCACUCCACAUGCUGCAACAGCUGAACCCAAAUGUAUCCUACAUGUUGAUAUUGAAGACUCCAGCGGUAAGAUACCUAUGACACUCUUUGGUCAUCAUGCAGAGUUUGUUUUGGACAAAAAAGCAAUUGAGAUAUCUUUACUGUCGAUGCAGGAACGCCGAAUAUUUAUUGAAGAAACUGUUGAGAAGUUGAAGGACAAAUAUUUCAAUAUAGAAUUGACUACAUACAUGCUUGGAGAUAACAAACAACUACGUUGGAAAACAAGGAAAUUACAUAUGCUACCGUUUGAAUACUAUGUCUAUAGUGUAAAUUACUUUUGA